AUGGGGAGGCAACGAGCGCCCAGUGCUCGGGCUCUACUGGCACUACUGGGACUGGGUUUGGGACUGGGACUGGCGACUUGCCCCGAGCGAGAGCUGGAGCGAAGGGAGGAGGAGGCCAACGUGGUGCUGACGGGCACAGUGGAGGAGAUCAUGAACGUGGACCCGGUUCACCACACCUACUCCUGCAAGGUUCGAGUGUGGCGAUACCUGAAAGGCAAAGACAUUGUCACUCACGAGAUCCUCUUGGAUGGUGGCAACAAAGUGGUUAUUGGUGGCUUUGGGGACCCUUUAAUCUGUGACAACCAAGUCUCAACUGGGGACACAAGGAUUUUCUUCGUCAACCCUGCCCCACAGUACCUGUGGCCAGCACACCGCAACGAGCUCAUGCUCAACUCCAGCCUCAUGAGGAUAACCCUGCGCAACCUGGAGGAGGUGGAGCACUGUGUGGAAG